UCGCAGUCCGGACGCGGCGCCGCUGUCAGUGGAGGACUCGGGUCAGACUGCACCAUGGACGGAGGAGCUCACCGCUGAGGAGCCGCAUCCAUGCCGUCUGGACUUUUUCGGAGAUAUCGCAUCUAAACUUGGGAGUUUGUCCUCUGACUUUUAGGUGAAACAAUCAGACUUUUCUUUCUUUCUCCCGAAGCGACGUGAACUCCACUGAGCUCCUCACAAAUACUGGAUCUAGGGGGAAAGGACAGAGAGAGGACAGGAUGGGGAGCCGGGGGCACUACCGGUACCACUGGCAGAGCCACAAUGUCAAACACAGCGGCGUGGACGACAUGGUGCUGCUCAGCAAGAUCAACGAGGACGCCAUCGUGGACAACCUCAAGAAGAGAUACAUGGAUGACUACAUCUUUACAUACAUCGGUCCUGUGCUCAUUUCGGUCAACCCCUUCAAGCAGAUGCCGUACUUCGGGGAAAAAGAAAUUGAGAUGUACCAAGGCGCGGCUCAGUAUGAGAACCCUCCUCACAUCUAUGCUCUGGCUGACAACAUGUACAGAAACAUGAUGAUCGAUCGUGAGAACCAGUGUGUCAUCAUCAGUGGAGAAAGUGGAGCCGGGAAGACUGUGGCAGCCAAAUACAUCAUGGGCUACAUCUCCAGAGUGUCAGGAGGCGGACCCAAAGUGCAGCACGUCAAGGACAUCAUCCUGCAGUCCAACCCGCUGCUCGAGGCCUUCGGCAACGCCAAGACCCUGAGGAACAACAACUCCAGCAGAUUUGGAAAAUACUUUGAGAUCCAGUUCAGCUCCGGUGGCGAACCAGACGGAGGGAAAAUCUCCAACUUCCUUCUGGAGAAGUCACGUGUCGUCAUGAGGAACCCUGGAGAACGGAGUUUCCAUAUAUUUUAUCAGUUGAUCGAAGGAGCCAGUGCGGAGCAGAAGAACAGCCUGGGAAUCACAAGCCUGGAUUACUACACUUACCUCAACCAGUCCGGCUCCUACAAAGUCGACGACAUCAACGACAAGAGUGACUUCCAGGAGACGACGCAUGCGAUGGAUGUUAUUGGCAUCUCGCCGGAGGACCGUGCCAUGGUGCUGCAGAUCGUUGCCGGCGUCCUCCACCUGGGAAACAUCAGCUUCAAGGAGUCGGGCAACUACGCUGCUGUGGAAAGUGAAGAGUUUUUGGCCUUUCCUGCAUUUCUUCUUGGAAUCGAUCAAAACCGCCUGAAAGAAAAACUGACGAGUCGAAAGAUGGACAGCAAGUGGGGCAGCGCGGUGGAGUCCAUCGACGUGACGCUGAACGUGGAGCAGGCCUGUUACACCCGCGACGCGCUCUCCAAAGCCUUACAUUCACGUGUGUUUGACUACCUGGUGGAGUCAAUCAAUAAAGCCAUGGUGAAGGAUCAUCAGGAGCUCAAUGUUGGAGUUUUGGACAUUUAUGGAUUUGAAAUCUUCCAAAAAAAUGGAUUCGAACAGUUCUGCAUCAACUUUGUGAACGAGAAGCUGCAGCAGAUCUUCAUCGAGCUGACCCUGAAAGCCGAGCAGGAGGAGUACGUCCAGGAGGGCAUCAAGUGGACUCCUAUUGAGUACUUCAACAACAAGAUUGUGUGCGACCUCAUUGAGUCCAAGAGUCCGCCUGGCAUCAUGUGCAUCCUGGAUGAUGUGUGCGCCACCAUGCACGCGGUGGGCGAGGGAGCCGACCAGACCAUGCUGCAGAAGCUCCGGAUGCAGAUCAACACUCACGAACACUUCAACAGCUGGAACCAGGGAUUCAUCAUUCACCAUUAUGCUGGGAAGGUGUCCUAUGAUGCCGACGGCUUCUGCGAGAGGAACCGGGACGUCCUCUUUACUGACCUCAUUGAACUGAUGCAGAGCAGUGAAAUCGGCUUCAUCAGAGCACUGUUUCCAGAAAACCUCAAUGCUGAGAAGAAGGGCCGACCCACAACUGCAGGCAGCAAGAUAAAGAAACAAGCCAACGAUCUCGUGAGCACGCUGAUGAAAUGCACCCCUCACUACAUCCGCUGCAUCAAACCCAAUGAGACCAAGAAGCCCCGAGACUGGGAAGAAAGCCGAGUGAAGCACCAGGUGGAGUAUCUGGGUCUGAAGGAGAACAUCAGAGUGAGGCGUGCUGGCUACGCCUACCGCAGAGUCUUCAGGAAGUUCCUCAAUCGGUACGCCAUCCUGACCAAAGAAUCAUGGCCGACGUGGCAGGGGGACGAGAAACAGGGGGUCCUACAUCUCUUACGCUCAGUCAACAUGGACAAGGAUCAGUUCCAGCUCGGUCGCACCAAGCUCUUUGUCAAAGCCCCCGAGUCGCUCUUCCUGCUGGAGGAGACACGAGAGCGCAAGUUCGACGGCUACGCUCGCACCAUCCAGAAGGCCUGGAGGAAAUACGUGGCCCGGAAGAAGUACGUUCAGAUGAGGGAGGAAGCGUCGGACCUGCUGCUGAACCGAAAAGAGAGGCGGCGACACAGCCUGAACAGGAACUUUGUUGGCGACUACCUCGGCAUGGACGACCGGCCUGAGCUCCGCCAGUUUCUGGCCAAGAGAGAAAAGAUCGACUUUGCCGAUACAGUCACGAAAUAUGACCGACGCUUCAAGGGAAUCAAGAGGGAUUUGAUCCUGACACCAAAGUGUGUGUACCUGAUUGGAAGAGAGAAGGUGAAACAAGGACCAGACAAGGGUCAGGUGACCGAGGUGCUGAAGAGGCGGAUUGAAGUGGAGAAGAUCCUGGCAGUGUCUCUCAGCACGAUGCAGGAUGACUUCAUGAUCCUGCACGAGCAGGAGUACGACAGCCUGCUGGACUGCGUCUUCAAGACCGAGUUCAUCAGCCUGCUGGCCCGCAGGUUCGAGGAGAAAACCCAGAGGAAGCUACCACUCAAGUUUAGUAACACACUGGAGAUGAAGUUGAAGAAGGAGAACUGGGGCUUCCUGAGUGGCGGCGGUUCCCGGCAGGUGGUGUUUGUCCAGGGUCAGGGAGACCUGCCUGUCCUGAAGCCCUCCAGCAAAUCGAUGCAGGUCAGCGUCGGACCCGGGCUUCCCAAGAACACACGGCCAACCAAGAAAAGCUUCCAGCAGUCUCGUCCCAACACGUCCAGAACCCACCAGCACACCCCGUCCCGAGCCGCGCCGGGACCUCCAGUCGCUCAUCAAAACGGCGGAGUGAAAAACACCAACCACGUUGCCAAUCAGAGGAACUUGCAGCAUCAGAAUCAGAGGAAUCCCUCCUCGGGGAACUCAGCGCGCCCCUUCCUGCCAAACAACAUCAACCAGCUGAAGGAACGAGACGGCGGCCGGGCGCAGCCCAACCUGGACUGCCUGAGAGUCCCUGAGCAAGGCGCUGCAGGUGCUGGAGACAGACGGCCAGCUUCAAAUGGAGAUAUAGCUCACAGACCAUCGGUCAACAGGCCCACGCCGGGAGGAGGACGCCCCAAACCUGCACCCAAACCCAAGCCCUACGUGCCGCAGUGCAAAGCUCUGUACGCCUACGACGCUCAGGACACGGACGAGCUCAGCUUUAACGCCGACGAUAUCAUCGACAUCAUCAAAGAAGACGCGUCCGGCUGGUGGACGGGUCGUCUCCGCGGGAAACAGGGACUCUUCCCCAACAACUACGUCACCAAGAUCUAGGAGCUGCCGGGUUCCCGGCCGCAGGAGGAGAACCGGCUGCGUCUCCGCCCGACCCCCCUCGGAGGACGGGACGCGGCCGACAGUCGGAGACAGAAGCACUGUGAGACACGUCCUCCACUACUGCCCGAUCCUGAAUGAAUGUAACGCCGCGUUACAGCUCAGACCAAACGGCCUGAAAUGAGGCUCUCCUCUGAAGACACGACGGGACUGUUUGACCUCAGGGUCCGUUUUCCUCCACAGCCCCUCUGAGUACUGAACAAUUCUAUUUAUUGUAUUUAUAGCUUUCCGUCUUCUCCUUCCCGUCUUUAGCAUAUCUCUCUGAGGAUUCCAGCUCACAUUUUAAAGUGUAGGAAUGAAAUCUGAUCAAUCUGUGGGACCAGGCUGUGAUUUUAUUUUUUAAAAUUUUUUUCGAAUGCUGCAGCAAACAUGGUUGUCUCAGUGUCAAAACUGAAGGGACUACUGUUUUGUUUUGUUUUUUUCUUUUACCAGGAAUAUUUAUUUUGGGUGCAAAACUGUACCAAUCUCCCAGACACUCAGCAGAUCACCUCACUGUGAUUUUGUGUUUUUUAAAUGACAGAUGAUACAUACCAAAGCAACACACUUUUUGCGCAGUCAAACCAGGAAAACAAUGUUCGUCCUGACGGAGUGUCGUCGUUUCUGUUGUCCUGUCACGCCGGUGUGUGUUCGACGAGCAGUAGAGGCCAUGAAUACUGUAACCUGAGCAUGCGGUCUGUGGUGUCAUAGCACUUUAUUGGUACAGGUACUACCUUGGACACAGACGCCCUCACACGCCAUUUCCGCCACAGCCAGUUGAAGUCUAUGAAGGACAGAUUGCCAAGCAAGCAGUAAGCCUGAGGAAGAUGUUUUGUUUACAUGAGAUGAUUUUAAAAAAGCAAAAAAAAAAAACAAAAAAAACAACAAAAAAAAACAGGCAUUUUCAAUCUGAUUCUGUAUAUGUGUUCAAA